AUGAGCCAACCACCCAUCAGCCUGGAUCCAGAAGAGGACGUGCAAGACCCCGACCUGUUCACCGGCUUCGCGAACUACCUCGAUCGGGACCUGAGCCCCGACGAGCGCGAACGCGUCUUCGCAAAAACCAUACCCAGGAUCGCCAAACAGGCCAAGGCUCUGAAAGCGCACAAACCGCCGCAGGGCUUGCACUUUAGUUUACAGCAACAGGGCGAUACGAUAGAGCACAGCUACGCGUUCGUGUCUUCCCUGAUAGCGAACGCCUUCUUCUCCACGUACCCGAAACGAACCCUCAAGACUCAUCCGACACUGCGGGACUUUAACUUUACGAAUUUCUUCAAGCACCUGCACUUAAACAGCCAGAAAGCAAAGUUGCGCGGAAUAUUCCAAUACUUUGACUACCUGGACAGCGGCGGGGAAAAGGUGCUGGAUGGCCAACUGUUGAUAUCGCGGCAGGUGAUGCUGUCGAAGCAGUGGCUGACGAUCGAGGACUGGUUGGAGAGCAGCGCCUGUCUGUGUCCUCUGACCAUCCGCCACGAGGGUAGGCUCGAGCGCGUGGAUCAAUUGGACUCGAAGCCCGCGAUGCAGGUGUGCUUCGCCAGUAGGAGCUUCGGCGACGGUGUGCUCGAGGCUGCCGCCACUCAAGAGACUAUACAAGUAGCGACGCAUCCCGAGCUCCUAGCGGCCAUCCUGUCCGUGGAGGCGUUGGAAGACAACGAGGCUCUAAUCGUUGAGGGCCUGCGCCACAUAUCCCGGAUCCAAGAUCCCAAGCACCGCGCGAUAUUCGAAGCCGUUCCCGAACCAAAGACUGUGAUGGUCUGCUGCAUCGACGCGGAGGACUACUCGGGACUGCCCUUGGCACAGUACGAGGAGGACAACGUGCUCAGGGAGCUCAACAAGUCGCUGCUGGGUUUUCGGCAGCGCCGACCGCCCCAGAGCCCGACCGCGAGCUCGUCGUCGCCCGCGACCGAAAGUGAGAGUUGCGCGCGAAGGUUGUCGCCGAUCGGCGAGAGCUUUAGCAGCGCCUCCCCGGAGAUGGACGACGCCGCGCGCAAGGCUUACGAAAAAUUGAACGGUAGCCAAGGGUCACAACUGGCACCCACGGAGGUCCGAACGCGGGGCAACGGCUCGUCGGCCUCGACAACCCGAGCCACGAGCCCGGGCCGCCUGUUUAAGGCCAACAGCGGCGCCAACAGCACCUGCACCGGCAGACGCAGCCGGUUCAUCGUGUUGGGUUCGAGCGGCGAGGCCUUGCCGGUCACGCGCAAGUCCAUCGCCCACUCCUCGGUUUACAACAGCCUCAGCAGCCAAAGCACCGAUAGUUUUCACAGCGCCAAGGAGACCAUCGACGAGGAGCCUGCGGAAAACGACGAGGACGAGCAGAAGCUAACGAGGCGCUACAGCACGCAGCUCGACACUCCGGAACGACGGGGCACGUUCGCCCAGAGGCUUAAAGAAGCGCUCAAGAGGGAAAGCUCGGCCACGAGCACCAACGAUUCUAGCGAGAGUAGUUACGCGGUUGGCAUAAGCGUCGCCGGGAGCCAAGUUACCGAUCAUAAUAUCAAGGUAAAGCGAGGGGGUUCCCGGGGUUUCGUAUUGAGGGACGAAACGGUGGACGAAGAGUUUCUCAAAGAAUCCCUCGAGGCUGAACAAAAGUGGCUGGGCAGGUUCCGUCAGAAUCAUCCGGCCAUUCUGCAGCGCAAGGACACAGGGGGAGGCGGUAGCAGCAAGUACAGCUUCAGUACCGAGUACAGUUCUGAUUUCUGCUCCGAGUUGGAGGAGGUCUACGAGCAACUUUCCAGGUGGCUGGAGGAGCCGGCCGAUUCCGGCAAAGGCGGCGUUUGCGGUGGCGGCGAGCUGGACGCGCGAGACCGCGCUGUCGUCACGUUUGCCGGCUCGCUGCUGAAGCGCGCGCUGAGCGAGUCGUUCGCCGGCGUGCCGGUACAGGAGGGCGAGCCCCAGCCGUUAUUCGAUGCCAGCGAUCUCCACCAGAGGCACAAGCUCGCGCUCGCCGUGCGCAGUCUCAGUUUCGAGCUGGCCAGGCAAAGGAAUCGAGGGCAGCCAUCGGUUUCUCGAGAAAACAGUCCACAAGACGGUGGCCUGCUUCCCGUCGCAACCGGCAAUUGGGGCUGCGGCUCGCGCCUCAAAGGCGAUCCUCAACUCAAACUCGUCAUCCAAUGGCUUGCCGCUUCGAUAGCCGGAGUGCCUAGACUUAUAUACUACACAUUCGGUCAUUCUACCCUGUCAAAGCUGGACACGGUAAGCCGAGUGCUGACAGAUCGGCAAUGGUCGGUGGGCGAUCUCGCCGCCGCGGCGCUGAGAUUCUCCGUGCAAACGAUCGAGGAACGACUCGAGGGCAGGAACAGCCUGUUCGAGGAGCUCAUCGGCAUGGACAAGCCGAGCCCUUAACCCGAACUCUCUGUUCUCGUCGAUCUGAUCGCCACAAUGAUCGAA